AUGGGUAAGAAGAGAUACACAAAGACGCCAAUAUCUGGCCACUGGGCUCAAAGGUUUCGGCGUAUGCGCGUUUACAAUCCGCGAGCCACAUUUGAACAAGCACAAGCGAUCGCAAAGCUCUUUGGAGAGACUAAGAAGAAACCGAAGAAGAAUGCUAACGCGAAAUCCAACGAAGUGGAAGGCGAGGAAAGCAACCAUAUCACUAUUGUCGAUCUUCCUGAUGAUGUUCUUCUGAAGAUUUUCAUGUACGUCUAUCAUGCUUCGUUGCCCAACCCGAACGAUAUUCGUAUGAGGGCAUAUGUUUUUGGUGGUAGCAAAAAGCUUGCAACGAGAGAUCUGUAUCGGCUGCGAAUUGUUUGCAAGAGAUUCAACAAUAUCAUGUGCGAUUAUCACGCUAGUUUCCCUAAACCUCCCAUCGGGUUACGGCUGCAGGCAGCUGUAAAUCGUGAUCGCACUUACGGUGGAGCUGUUGUUGUUUAUAUCUAUGGCGAUUGUGGAAGACGAUACUUUGCAAAGUUUGUAUACAUGCAAGAUGUUCCAGCAGCAAUAUUCCCCGGACAAAUUUGCACAUUCCUUGUGAUCAAAAGUCUUGUACUCACGGAAGACUUGAUGGAUAUGCUAUUACGGCUUGAUCUUUCAAAGGUGGAGGAAUUGUUUUGGUAUGAUAUUCGAGGAUCACAAGUGAAGAAUCUGAUCGAGAAAAUGCAGCAACUUUUACGCAAAAUGACAUCGCUAGUCAGUGCGGAGUUUUAUGCAACGGAUGACUAUUUUGAUCCAACGACAAUGUUCCCGAAUACAGAUCGCUACUGGACAGAACUUGGUUUGGAGAAAACGGACAAUACGGCUAUGAAACGUGAUGAAGUACGCAAGAAAUAUCGCAAAAUUGUAAAGUGGGCCUCGCUCCGUUCAACUCGGUCACAGCGUAGACGUGCCAUUUAAUGGGAUGCGACAGUCUUCUUCUUGCAAAUCUACAGUCUAAUCGCCUUUUUCACUUGAGCGAUGCAACUGCUGUGCGUGUGUGAAGACCUUAAUAUCACAGGUGCUUUAUGAUUUCUCUCACUGCCUUGGAUCACAUUAGUCAUGGGCAGCAAUCACUUUGUAUGCCAUAUCUGUAUAGAACUUGUCUUAUCAUCACUGCAAUAGCUACGAGUUCGUCAGCAGUUUUUCAUCCGUUGAAUCACGAAAGUAUUGUCAAAGUUUUACCUGAUUUUUUUGUUU